AUGAGCACGCGCACGGUGCCCGCCGGGGCGUGGGAAGACCUCCGCCGCGAGGCGCGCAAGCUCGAGAGCGAGAUCGACCGGAAGCUGUCGGACUACGCCAAGCUCGCGCAGAGCUCGGGCGCGGGCGUCUCCGACGCGCUUCUCCACUCGGACGGCGUGGACGCCACCUCGGCGGCGAUUCAAUCGCUGUUGCAGCGCCUCUCGGACGUCAACCGCGCGAUGAGCGGCGCGACCGCGGGAGGGGAAGCGCGCACGCACGUCCUCGCGCGUCACCGCGACAUCCUCGCGGAGUUCACGCACGAGCACAGGAGAGUGGGGAAGAUCGUCGAAGCGAACCGCGACAGGGAGGCGCUCAUCGGAGGCGGGCGCGGCGGCGGUGGAAACGGCGGCGGCGGAUUCGUCGAAGACGGCGGCGCGGACGCGUUGUUACGCGAGCGCGGCAGCAUCCACUCGAGCACGUCCAAGGUGGACGAGGUCAUCGGGCAAGCGACCGCGACCGCGGCGGCGCUGAUAAACCAGCGGGAGAUUUUCAGCAGGGUCGGGGACAACUUGGGGCAGAUGGGCGAUCGGUUCCCCGUCGUUCAAAACUUGAUGUCCGCGAUCAAGCGGAAGAAGAGCAAAGACACGAUCGUGCUGUCCGUCGUGACCGCGAUGUGCGUCGGGUUCAUUCUGAUCUACUGGAUGUCCAAGUGA